AUGGAGGGUUUCAAUAGCGGAUCAUCAUCAUCGAAGCCAAACCAUGUUUAUCUAAGUUUUAGAGGAGAGUACAUAACUUACAAGUUCAUAGAUAGGCUUUGGGCUGCUCUUGAAAGUAAUGAUUUGAAUACGUUUUUGGAUGACAAGAAGCUUGACCCAUGUGAUUCCAUCUUUCUUCCACCUCACUUUCUCAAAGCUAUUCAGCAAUCCAACAUUUCCAUUAUUGUCUUCACCAAAAACUAUGCUUCUUCUAUAUGGUGCCUUCAGGAACUCUCUGAGAUUGCUGCACAUCCAUCUGAUGUACGGGAUCAGAGUAAUUCUUUUGAAAAAGCUUUCGCCGAACAUGAACAAAGAUUCACUGAAAAUUUAAGCGAUGUCCACAAUUGGAGGUUAGCAAUGAAACGAGUUGCCAUUCGGCCUGGUUGGUAUACACCACACAAGUGA